ACUAUGGGCCGCACAUUGACCUACCCAAAGAAGUCUGCAAACACCGUCAACCGCUAUAAGCAUAGAGCGACGUAUGACUUGGGAGCAAUCCAUUCCAUUGUCAACUCAACCCAGGUUCUCCAUGUAUCCUUCAACCCCGGUCCGGAGGACCCCUUUCCAGCUAUCAUCCCCAUGAUCGGGCAGAUGGGAUCGUUCGAUUAUCCGUCCGCAGAUAUAAAUGAGCCGUUGGAUUGCUAUCUCCACGGCUAUGUCAGCUCGCGGAUCAUGAAUCUUGCCCGAGAUUCCCAGAAAGGACUGCCGAUCUGCGUGGCUGCCAGCAAAGUUGACGGACUGGUCCUGUCCCUGACACCCAACUCGCACAGUUACAACUAUCGGUCCGCUAUCCUCCAUGGAUAUGCAAGUGUUGUCACCGACGAAGCCGAGAAACUUUGGGCAAUGGAGCUGAUCACCAAUUCGGUGGUCCCAGACCGCUGGAAUCAUUCACGAGUGCCCCCAGACCGUGCCGAGAUGUCCUCGACCGUCAUUCUCAGAGUCAAGGUGGUUGACGGAAGUGGCAAGAUCCGUGACGGAGGGGUUUCGGAUGAGAAGAAGGACUAUGCUGACGACGAGGUCACCAAUCGCGUGUGGACGGGAGUGGUACCUGUCUGGGAGACGUUCGGUACUCCUAUCCCAAGUUCUGGUAACAAGGUUGCCGAAGUACCCGACCACAUCACUGGCUUUGUUACCAGUAGGAAUGAUCAAAACCGCAGUUAUGCCCAUGAAGCAGUCGGAGUGACUCUUCCCAAGGAAGAGCAGCAUUAGUUUAGUGACUAUUUCACUGUAUUUUCAAUGGCCUGUAUGCUUUUCCUGC